GCUGGGCCAGGCGGUGUGCAACGGCUGCGCGCAGAGCCUGGACUACGCCUACAGCCACCACCGCGCGCAGCACAUGAUCGCGCAAGGAGGCGCCGCCUUCAGCCGCCUCAUGGCCUCGACGGGCACCGUCGCGGGCCAGGCCCUCGGAGCCGUCGCCACUGGCGCCGUGGGCGGGACCGCCCGGCUGGUCACUGGCAUGGCCGCCGGAGCCGCGUCCGCAUGUCAGGGCCUCCGCGCCCUCGACGCACUGGCUUCCUCGACUUCGGGCGCGGCCCCGAAUUCUGCACCUCUUCAGCGGCCUCGUGCUCUGGAAGAGUACGACAUUUCGGACGCGGGCAGCGGGGCCGCAGUGUCCUUCGAGACCGCAGAGUCUGGCAGCGAGCUGAAGAGCCUCAUGGCGGACAUGGUUUCCAUGAAGCGCGAGAUGGAGCAGCUCAGGGCGGAGAACGUCCAGCUGCGUUCGUCAGCCUCGGUGGCGUCGGCAGCUGAGGCCAGGAGCGGGUUCGCCACGCCGGACCCUGCUGCGCCUAAGCCCGCGAAGGGUGCACCCCAGAGCGGCCAGGCGAAACCUGGCGACCCAGCGCCCUCGUCGUGCGUUGCUGCCAAGCUCGACGCGGACGAUUCCGACGCGCCCAAGCCAGACGAGGACUACGAGCCGAAUGCUGCCCAGAUCGCCGCCGAGUACGAGCACGAGGAUAAGAAGUACCCCCUGGUCUUCAUCAGGAUCAUCCUGGUGCUCUUCACGGUGAUCCUCGUCGACUUUAUGUUCACCCCGCUGCUGCUUCGCCACAGUUCGACCACCUUCAGCAUGCGCACGCAGCUGCACUCCUUCACCACGCUGCUCCCCGGCUCAAGGACCCCUCUCAGCAUCAUCAUCAACAUGGUGGUCAUCAGGGCGGCUUCGGAGGACUUCCUCAGCAGCCCCAGGGAGGUGUUGGAGGUAGUGGUCGUCACCAUGGCGGCGCUCCAGGUGCCCCAGGAGGUGGAGGUGGCGGUGGGGACGACGACCCAGGAGGAGGCCAUGGCUUCGUUCUUGGAGGAUUUCUACCUCAGGGAGGUCGCGGACGAGCACCUGGGCCCUCCGCAGCGUGACGCUGGCCUGGGGGCCGUGCUCUCCAAGAUCAAGGCCGCGGAGCUCCAUCAGCUCACGUGGAGCGAGGGCGCCGUGGCCAAGCCGUCGAACCUGGAGCACUGGGUGGAGUCGGUUGGCCUGGAUCUGGGAGGGCUGCACUGGCACAUCAAGCGCUACUGGCCUCUGUGCCUUGACUCUGCGCAGCGCGCUCAUGCCCCGCACCUCCAGGAGGGCCCGCUGAUGCGCCGCGCCGUGCGGCCGAUCGCCAUUGCGCCAGAGCCGUUCGAGACCUCGUCCUUCCACGCGAUCGAGCUCCGCACCCUGCCGCAAGGCGGUGGAGGUCAAAGGGGUUACAACGAGCUUGCAGAGUGGAAGUUCGCGCUGAACCGCUUGGUCACCCACGACGCCAGCCUGCCUGACCCGCCCAUUCAAAUGGCGGCCCUGAAGCAGACCGCGAGCAAGCUCCUAGAGAGUAACGAGGAGUUCAAGCACCGCUUCUUCGCGUUCCUGGUGCAGAACAACUUCGCGGCCGGGACGGUCAAUCAAGCGCAAGUAGAUCUUCUCUGGAGGUACUUGGGUGCCGAGGCUCGGGAGCACUCGGGCGACGUCAAGGAGAAGGACCCCCCUAAUCCUUCGACGAAGGCGGCUCGAGCAGCAGCCGCCGCUGCCGCUGCAGCCGCCAGCAAGGGCAAGCCGACCAAGGGCGACCCGAAGGGCGGCAAUCCGGCCAAAGGCGACCCGAAGGGCAAGCUCGGGAAGGACAAGGAAGCCGCGGGAGGUAAGGGCGUGGCCAUCUGCCCGCGCUUCAACAACCUCGCGACGGGUUGCAGCGCGGGAUGGCCAUGCCCGAUGCGCCACUGCAAGUCGGAUGGCGCCCGACAAGAGCCGACCGAUGGGCGCUGCUUCAAUUGCGGCGCGGGCGGCCAUGACACGGCAGCUCGCCGCCAGCCGCGGAAGCCCAAGGUUCCGGCGAAGGCCAAGAGGGGCCAGGCGGAGGACCAGAAGGAAGCCUCGGCAGGAUCUCCAUCGACUUCGGCCGCUGGCGCGGACGAGGCGGGCAGGCCGGCAGCCACUGGCAAGUCGGCAGCGGUUGCAAUUCCGAGUCCCUUGACUACCAGCGACGUCAGCGGCAUCGUGCGACAGGAGCUGAGGUCCUUCGUGGUGGUCAAGGUCUCCGACGGCCCGCAGGCGAGGAGGUUUCUGGUCAAGGACGGCAAGCGCUGGAUCCUCGCGGACACUGGCGCCACCCACGAGCUUCGUGGCAUCGAGUCCUUCAGCGACGUGCCUGAAUGCGCCGCCCCGGCCCCGCUGGAGACGGCAACAGGGGUGGGAGAGGCCGCGAUGGUGGGAGACGUCGCGCAUGCGCUGGGUGAGGACCUCCAAUGGCGCUCCCCGCUGGGUUGCUACAUAGACGAGAUGAGCCUAGACCUUUCACGGAGUUCCUCGGCACGCACCCUGAGCUGCCCCACGGGCGAGGUCAUCACCCUGCUCCGCGAGAAGGGCGCGAUCAACAUUGAGGAGGGCGAUGCAGAGUUCCUGCGCGAUCCCAGGCACCAGGCGAAGCGCGCCACCAUAGAUGAGCGCAUGAGCGCUCUCGCUGCUGGACUCCGUCGUCCCGAGCUGCUUCAGGAGCACAUGGGCGGCGGGCGCAUCAGCGUUCGACCCGACUGCGCAGGGCGGUGGCCCUCCAGCCGCCCCGAGAACUCGGCGAAGCAGGCCGUUCACUUCCUUCUCGGGGCCUACGUCGCCGAGACUCCGGCUGCCAAGAGGGGCCGCGAGCGCCUGGAGUUGAUCGCGAAGGAGAACGCGCUCGCAGGCUCCCCACUCCCCAGCCCUGAGCCGACGGCGCCGGGAGAGUCCGACAUCGGUGGCGCCCCUCGACUCGACGCCGCGGUCGCGGGCGACUCCGUCGAGCAGGACACCGAGCUGGCGAAGAAGGUGGCGGCCAUGUUCGGGGCGAAGUCCUUCGAGGGCCUGGAGCUGCGGGCGAAUCAUGUUGGGCCCAGCGUCUGCGCGCCCAACUUCGGCCCUUCGGCGCGGCCUGGCUGGCCGAAGCUCGAGCCCCCCGGAGAACAGGAGGAGAAGCUCUCCCCGGGCGGCGACCCCAGCAUCGCGGCCGGCGACGAGGUCGAGAACGAGAGCGGCAUGGCCUCCAAGACUUGGUAUUUCUGCGCGCCGCUGGAGAACCUCAAGGCCGCCAGGCCCAACUUUUGCUACCGCAUCCAUGGUGAUCGAGCUGGGAACCUCACGGGGGGCCAGAUCAAGCGGCACUUCGAGGCGAAGAGCCCUCCGAUAGCUGUUACUUCGACGCCGGGUUUCGAGCCCAGCUCGAAUGGCCGGGCCGAGCGCGGGAUCGGCGUGGCGAAGCUGAGGGCCAGGGCAAUGCCCCUCUCCUUCGGCGACCCCCUGAACCGGCAGGCCUUGCAGGCGUGCGCCGUGCAACAUUCUGCGUGCUGCUCCAUGAUACACGCACGGGAUCGACCAGUGAAGCGCCCCGCUUUCCUUGCGAAGGUCUGCGCUCGCAUCAAGGAUGUCCCUUCGUCCACGUGGGCAGAGCGGGCGCGCGACGCCGCGCCCCUGGGCGUGGACGCGGAGAGCAAAUGGUUGAUCGGGCGGAAGGACCUCACCGCGAAGCGACCUGAGCAGCGGACCCCGGCGGCGCUCAAAACGUUCGCGGCGAGGAUCCAGGAGCAGGAGGAGCUCUACCAGAUGGAGUUGCAGAGGCGCCACCUGUUGAAUCGACCGGCGCUGGAUCUCCGGAAGGUGCACUUCAUGUUGACCACGGUCUCGGAGGAGUCUUUGAAG